AUGAAGCUAGAAUCAGGCUAUGACUUUAUUUCAGCAAAUGAUUAUCCACUCCGUUUGUAUUCUGAAAAUCAACUAGGUCAGCCUCCUCAUUACGACCCUGGACUCCUAGUCCUCCUCUUGCCAGGUGAAAGUAAUGGUCUUCAACUAGAGCAUCAUGGGAAAUGGAUUAAUGUAAAUCCUCAACCUGAUUCGAUUGUUGUCAUCAUUGCUGACCAUAUUGAGAUUCUAACCAAUGGGAAGUAUAAGAGUCUCUUGCAUCGAGUGGUUCUUAACAAAAAAGUAAGGAAAAUAAGCUUACCACUGUUUCUUGGACCAUCAUUGGACACUACAGUGAGCCCAAUGCCAGAGUUUGUAGAUGAGCAUCACCCACCAGCAUACCUUGUGAAGACCUAUAAAGAGUUAUUGGAAACAAAUCAAUAUCAAUGGCGUAAUGAUUCUGUUCAAGGUGGAUUGCCUCAAUCUCCAACAAAUGUGGAAGCCAGAAAUGCUAAUUCAUCAACAAUGGCUCUGUCUCGUCCUGUGAGAUUGGAAUUCCCAAGGUUUUCUGGAGAAGAUCCUGCUAGUUGGAUUUACAAAACCAACCAAUACUUCAGGUAUUAUAAUACACCUGUUGCAGAGAAGCUAAUGUUAGCUUCAUUCCAUAUGGAGGGUGAAGCCUUAAUCUGGUUUCAAGAUAGUGAAGAUGCAGGUCUUUUUGUGGAUUGGGAAUCAUUGAUUCAAGCAUUGCACAUCAGGUUUGGGGCCACGGCUUAUGAUGAUCCCAUGGAAACACUUACAAGGCUGAGACAGACUGCUUCAGUGUCCUUGUAUAAAGCUCAAUUCGAAGUGUUGUCUAAUAGGAUUAAGGGUUUAUCUGCUGCUCACAAGUUAAGUUGCUUUCUAAGUGGUUUAAGAGAUGAAAUAAGGCUGCCAGUGAGAAUGUUGAGUCCUAGAUCAUUGAAUGAGGCUUUUGGUUUGGCAAAAAUUCAAGAAGAGUACAAUUGGAGUUGCAAGAAGUUUGCUAAAGUUCAAGGGGAUCAGAACAAGCCUUCCAUUUUGGGAGUUCCUCCAAAAACUCCUUCUCUAUUGGAGUAUAAACCAAGGCUGCCCAUCAAGAAAAUUUCUCCUGCUCAAAUGGAAGAAAGGAAGAAGAAAGGGUUGUGUUACAAUUGUGAUGAGAAGUGGGCUCCUGGCCAUAAGUGCAAGAGUGCUAUGCUGUUUUUAUUGGAUUCUGCAGAGUUAGCUCAGGAAGACACCAACUUGGGAGUUCACAUUACUGAUUUUGAAGAAAAAUGCUAUGCAGAUCAGGUUGGACAGGAAGAUGCUGAGAUUACUCUUUAUGCAUUGAGUGGUAUCCCUACUUCAGGCACUAUGAGAGUCAUGGGCAGGAUCAAGCAUAAGUCCUUUGUCAUUCUUAUUGAUUCAGGGAGUACUCACAACUUCAUUGAUGCUGCAUUGGUGUCACAUCUGCACCUGAAUGUUGAUGCUUCUCAAGUCUUGGAGGUGAAGGUUGCCAAUGGUGAUUUGAUUAAAACUCAAGGUGUUUGUGAGGAGGUUCCAAUCCGGGUACAAGGGAAUGAGUUUAUGGUGCAUUUGCAUGUGUUGCCAAUGGGAGGGUGUGAUUUGGUUCUAGGGACUCAGUGGUUGGGUACUUUAGGAGUAAUUCAAUGGGAUUUCAAGAUGCUUACAAUGAGCUUUGGUUAUAACCAUAGACAGGUACUGCUACAAGGGUUGAGGAGCACAAGGUCUCAAUUGCAAGAUGGGAAGACUUUCUUGAAGCAAUCUGUUGAGAAAGGUUUGGUUCUUCACAUUACAUUCCAGCCUCAGUUAUUAGCUGCAGAGGGUAUGGACCAGCUGCCUGAAGGAGUGGCUGCUUUGUUAGAUGAGUUCAGGUCAGUCUUUGCUACACCAGAGGGGCUGCCACCCUUAAGGGACCAUGAACACCAAAUUACCUUGAAGGAAGGAGCUCAAGCUAUAUGUCAGAGGCCUUACAGGUACCCUUACUACCAGAAAAAUGAAAUUGAGAAGAUUGUUAGGGAAUUACUAUCUGCUGGUUUAAUUAGAAACAGUAGCAGCCCUUUUGCUUCACCAGUCCUCUUAGUGAGGAAGGCUGAUGGUUCAUAG